CUUAUCUAGCUUGUUUGUUGACAUCAACCAUGAAAAGAACUGUUCUAAGUCCUCUUCAAAUCAUUUAUUGACGUUACCAUUUCAAUAGAGGACACCAUGUAACUUUCUUCGGAAUACUACUGGUCAUCCCUCACCCAAGUUUUCUUGACUUCACCGCUUUAAAUAUCUCAAGAGACUUCAUCGGCCAUGUAAAAUCUCCCACUCUUCAAAAUUGCUUCCUCAAUCUGCAACUCUAAACCCUUUCUUCGACUUCUUUUUCUUCUUUUCAUCGAAGAAUGUACAUUACUCCUUCGGUCAUGUCGCUAUUGCUAGUAGUUACCAUCUUGGCAUGUGCUUUUGAUCGAGCAACAUGCUUGAAAUUCAGUUACCCCACCUUUAAAGAAGCAGAUGAGAACCAUUUCAUCAAGGAAAAAUCCUAUAUAGUUCUCAAUGCCCUCCAAGUGACUGCAGAUGUAAGUGGAGCUCCCAUCUCAAACUUGUCCGGCCGCAUAUUUUACAAAGACCCAUUCAAGCUGUGGAAGAAAAAGGGAGUCACCGCAUCUUUUAAUUCCACUUUUGUGCUCAAAAUAACUCCACAGACUGUUCCGGGUGGUGAAGGUCUUGCCUUCCUUAUAACCGGAAAAACGGGUCUUCCAGACAACAGUGACGGAAGAUGGCUUGGUAUCGUCAACUCGAGCACAGACGGAGACUCUCAGAACCAGGUUGUAGCCAUAGAAUUCGACAGCCGGAAGAGCUAUGCAGAAGAUGGUGAUGAUAACCACGUGGGAUUGGACGUGAAUGGUAUUUUCUCAAUCAAACAAGAGCCUCUGGCUAAUUACGGCGUCAAUCUUUCAGCAGCUAUCAAUAUAACAGCCAGAGUGGAAUAUGACGGGAAGAAUAUCUCGUUGUUCGUCCCCCUGAGCAAUGAAACAGGAGACAACAUGAAGAAUCCAGUUAUUUCUUACACUAUCGAUCUUUCCGAGUAUCUCCCACAGGAUGUGUACCUAGGAUUCUCCGCUUCAACAAGCAACUACACAGAGUUGAACUGCAUAAGGUCUUGGUUCUUUGAGGGUUCAAAGUUAGACGAAGAUCCUAAACUGUUGUGGGUUUGGAUUUCAGUUCCAACUGUACUUGUGUUGUGUGCUCUAAUUUAUCUCCUGUAUAGGAUAAGAACAGGCAAAAAGGGUCUAGUGGAAGACACUUACCCGACAAUAGAAGACCAGAUCAAGGGCUCAUCCACGGCUCCACGGAAGUUCUGGUUCAAGGAUCUCAAGAAAGCAACAGGCAACUUCAAGAACAAGCUCGGACAGGGGGGCUUUGGAACGGUUUAUAAAGGGUGCAUAAUGGAUAAAGAGGUAGCCGUCAAAAGGGUUUCUCAGGAUUCACGUCAAGGCAAGCAAGAAUUCCUAGCCGAAAUCACGACCAUCGGCAGCCUCCAUCACCGGAAUCUAGUGAAAUUGAUUGGAUGGUGCUACGAGCGCCGCGAGCUCCUCCUUGUGUACGAAUACAUGCCGAAUAGUAGCCUAGACAAGUACAUAUACUGCCAUGAGAAGUUAAUAGCCAGUGGACCAACCCUGAAUUGGCAGAGAAGGUACAACAUUAUAUCUGGAGUAGCUAAAGCACUUGAUUAUCUCCAUAAUGGGUGCGAGAAGAGGGUGCUUCACCGGGACAUCAAAGCGAGCAACAUCAUGUUGGAUUUGGAGUUCAAUGCUCGGCUCGGGGACUUCGGGUUGGCGCGCACCAUCCAACAGACUGAACAGACACACCACUCAACCAAAGAAAUUGCCGGAACCUGGGGUUACAUGGCUCCCGAAAGCUUUCUUACAGGAAGGGCAACCGUGGAAACAGACAUUUAUGCAUUUGGCGUCCUCAUGCUUCAAGUUUUCUGUGGAAGAAAACCAGGCGAUCAGAAUGAGGAAACCAGUAUUGUGUCCUGGGUAUGGGAAUUGCAUAGGAGGGUAAGGAUCUUAAGUGCAGCGGAUUCCAGGAUGAGUGGAGAAUUUGGAGACAGAGAAAUGGAGGACAUGCUUGUCCUGGGGUUGGCCUGUUGCCACCCGAAUCCGUACUGCAGGCCCUCCAUGAGAAUCGUAUUGCAGGUGAUGACUGGGGAAGUAGCUCCGCCAAUUGUGCCGCUGGAAAGGCCAGCUUUCAUCUGGCCAUCAAUGCCUCCAUCUUUUAGAGAGGACUUAGAUUGCUCCAAUGCCGAAGGCCAAAUAACUCUCAUAACAGAACUUUGCGGGAGAUAAUUGUGCAAAGCGGCAGAAUCUGCAAACCUAUGCUUUUCAUCAGCUCCUAUUUGCCAUUUUAGUGCCUGAAUGUGAACAAUCUUAUAGUACAUUCAAGAUAUUUGCAUACUAGAGGUUCUUGUUUUUUUUUUUCCUGAUAUGACCGAGGAGGAACCUGCGCCAUCUUUGCUUAUGCUGGUUGCAGCGGGUAAACUCCCCACGUGUACACUAAAGUUAGUUUUCUUUUAAUAAAAAUAGUACGUCCUGUUCAAGCCAAAAAGGACACAAAGCAUUUUGUGUUUUUAGAA